AUGUUUAUGCAACAUCUCUUUAAUUAUUUAAAUUUAUUAAACUGGUUAAAAGGCACUGUUAGAAAAAAGGAGAAAAUGUCCAUUAAACAAGGCAAUUAUAUGUUAGCCUUAAUUAUAGAUAUAAUUCUGGGUUAUUAUGUAUUAGAGAUAUUACUGGAAGAUAGAAAACAAAUUGGAGUUAUAUUACUAGGAAUAUUAGAGAAGCUAGUUAAUUCCAUGUACACACUUUUAAAAUGGUUAAUGGGAGCUCCAGCAGGGUUGAAAUUAAACAAUGCUUUUAAUAAAAUGCUUGGUAAUUAUUUUUCAUACCACGUGGAGCUGUGGUGGUUGUUUCUAGAUGUAUCUAGUGAAAGGCUAGAUUUUAUAUUAUACAUUUACCAAUAUAUUGGUUAUUUUGGAUUGACUUUUCAAGCUGCCAUAAUAUCAGAUAUGCUGUGCAUUACAACAUUUCAUUCUUAUUGCAUUUAUGUCUAUGCUGCCAGACUAUUUAACAUCCAGAUGUCAGGUCUGACUGCAUUACUAAGAUUAUUUGUUGGAAGAAAAUACAACCCUCUACGAAACUGUAUAGACUCGUGUGAAUAUACUAAUCAAGAAUUAUUUGUGGGCACUGUAGCAUUUACUAUAUUACUUUUGCUGUUGCCAACUACCCUCAUGUAUUAUAUUGUGUUUACCAUGUUUCGUGUGUUAUCCUUAUUAGUGCAGUAUAUUUUGGCAAGGCUAAUACACUUUACGCAUUCUUUACCCUUGUACGUUAUUACCUUGUGGUUAACACACUCUCCAAAAUUAGCAGGCGAUGUCUUUAUAGAAGAGCAAGAAAGUAAUGACCGAUCACAUUUAAUUCUUAGAAUUAAAUUGUUUAACAAACCAUUGAAAGAGCUAGUAAAGUGUUUUCUACCACCCAUAGAAAUACCAAAAAAUGUAGAAUGGACUAGUAUAGUCUCCAAUGUAUUCACAGGAAAGCAGAUUAUAUAG